CACCCUACCCUACACGCUGAGACAGAGUGCAUCCUCUCUCCGGCGUUGAUUGGUUGACGCGUUGCUUGGACACGGUCAAACAAAGGGCAUGAAUGAGGGAGAAUAAACAUGGCAGAAUCAAUGGUUCAAUAUGGGAGAAGAAGAGGAUCCAGUCCGAUGGUGUCUUCAGAUGGGGACUGCCAUGGGACUAAACCCCUGUUAGAUCUGAGACAGGUCACUGUGUUGCCCAGAGAGGAAUACUUGAAAAUUAAAGAAUCGUUAAAUCAUCAAAGUAAUCACAAGAAGAGGAUUGAAGAAGCAGCAAAACAAAGAGAGGCGAUGCAUCAGCAGUCCAAGGAAGUGGUGAAACUAUGGUCCAAUACCAUCGUGGGACAACGGCAAAAGAAAAUCGAGGCCAAGAAGAUCCGAGAGGAGCUGGAAGAGGAGCAGCGCAAGGCCAGGGACCUGGAGGAGGCCAGGUACCAGGAGCAGUUGAGGAAGGAGGCCAUCGCAAGAGCCAAGGCCCAGCUGUACUACCAGACCCAACAGGUCAAGGGCUUCCAUAGUGCUCUCCUACUGACCGAGGUGCUGAAGGAGAGAGAGGCCCAGCUCGAGCUGAAGCGCAGAAUCGAGAGCUCCUCCAAAGAUCGGGACCGGGAGGUGCUCGACAAGAUCAAGUCCCGGGAGGACGAGGCCUUGGAACGAGAGAAGCAGAAAGCCGUCCAGAAGAAGCUCAACACCCAGGCAGUGGCGGAGGACCUGAGAACACAGAUGAGGAACGUCGAGUUGGCCAGAGCUCGGGAGAAGCUGGAGAACGUGAAGGAGGGAGAGGAGAUCCAACGCCUUCGCCAGCUGCACCUCAGGGAGCAGAGUGCGACGAGACAAAGACAGGAGGAGCGGAAGAAGAGCACCAUGCAGGCUCACCUGGAGCACAUCUCUAACCGAGACGUGGUGAGAGGCAUCGAUGAACGGAAGCGGGCGCUGGAAGAGGAGCAGAGGGAGCUUUUCCUCGCCACCAAGAAGAAGAUGGGGGUUUUAAGGAAGGAGAAAGAGGCGGAGUUGUUCAGAGAGGCCCAGAUUCUCAAGGACAUGAUUAGGAACAAGCUGACCGCCACCCAGCAGGAGAAGACGGACCACGAGGACGAGUGCAUCGCCAGGGCCAUCGCCGAACAGGAGGCCAGAGAGGCCCUGAGACGCAACGCUGACGAGGAGAGGAAGGCAGCGAUGCAGAAGAGCAUCUCCGAACACAGAGAGACCCUGCGGCUGGAACAAGAGCAGAAGGAGAUGAUUGCACGUCAGAAAGCCCUGGAGGUGCAGCAGGCCAAAGAGGAGACCGCCAGAAUCUUCCUGGAGAAGCAACAGCAGAAGGCCCAAAAAGCCAAGGAAGAGGGGAGAUUUCUACAAGAUCACUACGUCCAGCAAAUGGCGGCGAAACAGGUCCGACACAAGCAAAAGAAAACGGAGCAACGGGAGUCUCUGGUGAAGAACACGGAGCUCAUCGUGGCAGAGGGGCAGCAGUUCCAGCAGUACGCGUCGCAGGUGAUCCGUGAAGCGGCGGUGGGCCAGCGGAACCUCCUCCCGCUCCACAAGGCCGCCAGAGAGGGGCUCGGCGGAGGCCUGGGGCCCGUCUUCGGCGGUGCGCAGCCGAGCUACCUCGUUCAAGACGACAGCGGCGUGGAGAUGCCGCGGUACGUGUGCGGUACGACCCAGAACGUCAAGGAGCUCAACGAGACGACGGACAUGGAGGGAGCGAGGAAGCGGCUCGGCUUCACGUGGUGAUGGGGCGGUCGUAGUGGGCUUCAUACCCGUUACUGGGAGUUGUGGGUGGGAAACACUGAUCUGGAUUUGUUUUGAAAAGUUAAAGUCUCGGUGCUGAAACAAAGUUUGUUGAUUCAUGUAUAAAGUGGUUGGUAUGGUUAAUUUACCGCAUCCUCAGUUAUAUGUAUUGAAGUAAAUAACUAACUUAAAAUUGGGUGGACAUGCUCCAACUAAAAAUGUUAUGAGGAAAGACAAUAGUUUAUUUGGUACUGAGAAAUAGGUUAAUCAUUUGAUGUCAAAUAAAUACACAAUUUACAGAUUUAUACAAACUCGCUUUAUGUUGCAUGUUAUGUUGGACAGUCUCCAUUUGAAGUGAAACAACAGGUAUCUCGAACUACAAAAAAGAAAAAUCUAACGUGGAAGAUAUACAUGCAAAAAAGACCCAAAAAUGAUUUAAAAUUAAAAAGGGGAAAUAAAAAAAACAAACAGACU